AUGAAAGUAUCGUAUGCCUCAACUGCAAAGGAUCUUAUUCCACAGGAAGAGCAAAGGCUAAAACUGGAAACGAAGGAACCAGGAAAACCAGUCAAAUACCUGUGGCAACAUGGAUGGGUAUCUGGCGAUGGAGGGUUGGAAUUCGGCAUAUCUGUUGUAGUUCGAGUCGUUGACAUGUCUUGUAGUGAAGGAGCAAAGAAAUCAAUAAGUUUACCAGUACGCGAGGCUUCUUCUUUAAAGAAUAUGGAACAAUGCAGCAGCUCUCCGGAUCUCGAUCAUAUCAUGGACGAUCCAGCUGUUAUCAUCAUAAUCGUGAGGUCAAACGUACUCGUCGCCCGUGUCUUUCUCAGUCUCGCCUCAUCGUUGUGCCUGAUACCGCAGUUGGCAUUACCUAUCGUUGUCGCUCAAAUUUUGACGACUGACUGA